AUGUCGCUUGAGAACCAGGUCGAGAACCUCAACAUUGAGGAGGGCGCAACCGUCGAGAUUCACUCGCGUCCCGAGCGCAAGGCGCGCAAGGCUCUCGAGGGCCUUGGCCUCAAGAAGGUGCCGGGAAUCCAGCGCGUUACCCUCCGCCGCGCCAAGAACAUUCUCGUCGUCGUCGCCAACCCCGAGGUCUACAAGAGCCCGGGGUCCGACUGCUACAUUGUGUUCGGCGAGCCCAAGAUUGAGGACCCCAACUCGGCUGCUCAGAUCGCUGCCGCGCAGCAGCUCCAGGCCUCGACUCAGGCCGCGCAGGCUGCUCACGCCGCUGGCGGGUUCAAGGACGGCGUUCCCCAGUCCCUCGAGGAGCUUAUGGGCGGUGACGAGGCUCCCCAGCUCGAGGACGGCGAGAAGGUCGCGCCCAAGGUCGGGACUGGCGGCAGCGGCAAGGUUGAGGAGGAGGACGUCAAGCUUGUCGUCGCCCAGACCGGCUGCACCCCGGAGAAGGCGCGCGAGGCCCUCGAGGCCGAGAAGGGCGACCUCAUCAACGCAAUCAUGCGUGUCGGCGCGUAA